AUGAGAGGGACAAAUCACACAAGUGUCUCCGAGUUUCUCCUCCUGGGACUUUCCAUGCAACCCCAACAUCAGCCAUUCUUCUUCAUGCUUUUCUUGAGUAUGUACCUGACCACUGUGCUGGGAAACUUGCUCAUUGUACUGGCCAUCAGUGCAGACUCCCGCCUGCACACACCCAUGUAUUAUUUCCUUGGUAAUCUGUCCUUCGUGGAUGUUUGCUUCUCCUCUACCACUGUCCCAAAGAUGCUGAUCAAUAACAUACUCAGUAGCAAGACCAUUUCCUUCUCUGGGUGUCUCACGCAACAUUAUUUUCUCAUUGUGUUUGCUGAUGUGGACAAUUUCCUCCUGGCGAUAAUGGCCUAUGACCGUUUUGUUGCUGUGUGUCAUCCCUUACACUACACAACAAAGAUGACCCAUCAGCUCUGUGCCUUGCUGCUCAUUGGAUCAUGGAUCGUUGCGAAUGCAAAUGCUCUGCUACAUACCCUGUUGAUGAUUCAACUUUCCUUCUGUGCAGACAACACGCUCCCUCACUUCUUCUGUGACGUGAGCCUUUUGAAACUCUCUUGCUCAGAUACAUAUAUCAAUGACAUGAUGAUUUUUAUUGUAGCAGGGCUAAUAUUGAUUGCUCCCUUUGUUUGCAUCCUCAUCUCAUACAUCCUUAUUGCUUGUGCAGUUCUGAGAGUUCCAACCACAAAGGGAAAAUUGAAAGCCUUCUCCACCUGUGGCUCCCAUCUGGCUGUAGUUUUACUCUUUUAUGGCACCAUCAUUGCUCUGUACUUCAGUCCUUCAUCUUCCUACUCAGUGGAGACAGACACUGCAGCUACUGUGAUGUAUACAAUUGUGACACCCAUGUUGAACCCUUUCAUCUACAGCCUCAGGAACAAGGAUAUGAAAGGAGCUCUAAGAAAAAUAAUUACCAUGAAUGUACACAUAUCUAUUUUUGUCACAGCUCUUUUUCUUUAG